AUGCGGCAGCUGCCGCUGGGGCAGCUGCCGCUCGGGCGGGCGCCUGCCGCCAGCGGCGGCGCGGACGGCGGCGGGACGAGCCCUGAGGACGAGCCGGCGUGCAUGGCCGUCACCGAGUACCAUUACAUCCUGCUGCACCCAGACCGCCUGAUGGCGGUCAGCGGGAAGGUGGUUGCUGAGGUGGCCCUCGGCCCGUCGGGCGCCAGCGGCGUGAUCGGCGCCCCCCUGACGCUGCUCCAAGACGGCGGCGGCGGCGGCGGCGCGGGGCCGUACCUGGUGACGUCAGACGCGCUGCUGGAGGUCGGGUUACUAAACGAGGGCCGGGGCAUGUGGCGCACCUACCUAGAAUAUGAGGAUUACGAUAGCGCGCUGAAGCUGGCGGCGGGGCCGGCGCAGCGCGACACUGUGUACUUGGCGAUGGCGCGCGACAGCUUCGCGCGCGGCGACUACAAGGCCGCCGCGUCCCAGUGGGCGCGUGUGGUGGGGGGCCGGCCGUCCUUUGAGGACGUGGCGCUGCAGCUGGUGGAGGCGGGGGACCCGGGGGCCCUGGCGCUCUUCCUCUCAACAAAGCUGCAG